GUGUUUCUCCUGAUCAUGGUGACAUCUGCUCCUAUGAACACAAUCCAAAGAUACGCCAUCCGGCGGACCUGGGGCAACGAGACCAACUCCGACCCGGGAACUGUCAUUAAAACGGUCUUUACGGUAGGAAAACCAGAAAACGCGCGGGUUCAGACCAGACUGGAGCGAGAGAGCAUGGUUUAUAGAGACAUCAUCCAGGAGGACUUCGUGGACUCGUACCGGAAUCUGACCCUGAAGACCGUCAUGUGUCUGAAGUGGGCGUCAGAAUUCUGCCCCGGGGCCAAGUUCGUCAUGAAAGCUGACGACGACACGUUCGUGAACAUCUACAGCUUAGUGAGAUACCUGAAACGUCUGCCUGCAACCAACACCAGGGGACUGGUGACGGGGUAUCUUUACUCGGGUGCCAAACCGGUUCGAAACCGCACUUCACAGAGGGGAAAACCGAACAAGUGGUACCUUAGCAAGCAGGAGUACUCCAGAGAAACGUUUCCCAACUACCCCUGCGGGUUCGCUUACGUGAUGUCCGGCGACGUUGUACGGCCGCUGUACGAAGUGUCGCCGACUGUGAAGUACCUCUUCUUAGAAGAUGUGUUCUUAGGACUCUGUUUGGAGAAACUGGGAAUCGAACCCGUGCACCAUUACGGCUUUCAUAUAAUUAAUGUGGCAAUAACCCGCUGUAUUACUGAUGGCCAACUGGCUUCACAUUGGCACAAAAGGCCACUGGAUAUGAUCCAUGCUUGGAACAGACUCAACCACAUGUGUAAGAUUGAAAAGUUCCAUGCACGCAACCAAGCAUAUAUAUUAAUACAGAGUAUGGGCCAGUUGGAAGAUCGGGGAGGAUCUAGACUCGCAAACAAGCCUGUUAUUUAUUAA